AUGGCCGCGAAGUCGGACGGCGGCGGCGGCCCGGCCGUGCUGCUGGAGAGCCCGGAGGGCGGCGGCGGGAGGCGGGGGGGAGGCGCGAUCCCCCCGGCGCGGCGGUACCGGCUGCGGGACGGCUGCUGGGUGCUCUGCGCCCUCCUGGUUUGUUUCGCGGACGGUGCCUCGGACCUGUGGCUGGCGGCCCACUACUACGUGCGGGGGCAGCGGUGGUGGUUCGGGCUGACGCUGCUCUUCGUGCUGCUGCCCUCGCUGGUGGUGCAGAUGCUCAGCUUCAGGUGGUUCGUCUACGACUUCAGCGCCGUCAGCACCAAGGACAGCGCCGGUAGCACCAAGGACAGCGCCGGCACCGCCGCGGACACCGCCCGCAGCUCCAGGGACAGCGGGGCCCGGGGCUGCUGCCGCCUCUGCGUCUGGGUGCUGCAGGGCCUGAUCCACCUCCUGCAGCUGGGGCAGGUCUGGAGGUACCUCCGGGCACUGUACCUGGGGCUGCAGAGCCGCUGGCAGGCCGAGCAUCGCCGCCGCCACUUCUACUGGCGGAUGAUGUUUGAGAGUGCAGACAUCAGCAUGCUGAGGCUGCUGGAGACCUUCCUGAAGAGCGCACCCCAGCUGGUGCUGCAGCUCAGCAUCAUGGUGCAGCAGAACAGCAUCGAGCCGCUGCAGGGGCUCUCGGCCUCGGCCUCGCUGGUCUCCCUGGCGUGGAUGAUCGCCUCCUACCAGAAGGUGCUGCGGGACUCUCGGGAGGACAAGAUGCCCAUGUCCUACAAGGGGGCCGUGGUGCAGAUCCUGUGGCACCUCUUCACCAUCGCCGCCCGCGCCAUCGCCUUCGCCCUCUUCGCCUCCGUGUUCCAGCUCUACUUCGGCAUCUUCAUCGUCACCCACUGGUGCAUCAUGACCUUCUGGAUCAUCCAGGGAGAGACGGACUUCUGCAUGUCCAAGUGGGAGGAGAUCAUCUACAACAUGGUGGUGGGCAUCAUCUACAUCUUCUGCUGGUUCAACGUCAAGGAGGGACGGAGCCGCUACCGCAUGGGCAUCUACUACGUCAUCACGCUCUCGGAGAACGCCGCCCUCACCGUCCUCUGGUUCCUCUACUACGACCGCAAGACCACCUCCGACUUUGACGCCUUAAUCCUCGUCUGCGUGGUCAGCUCCAGCUUCGCCCUCGGCAUCUUCUUCAUGUUCAUCUACUACUGCCUCUUGCACCCCAACGGCCCCGUGUUCGGCUCCCAGACCGGGGGCUGCAUUUUCCGCCAGCCCCCGGCUCCUCCCCCGGGGUCCCCCGUGGACGCCGUCACCAGCCCCCCCCGCUCUCUGCCGCGGACUACAGGGGGGGAGCGGGAGGGGGGUCCGGGGGAGCGGGACAGCUGCGUCCCCGUCUUCCAGGUGCGUCCCUGCGCCCCGCCGGCGCCGGCCGCCCGCACCCCGCGGACCGAGGGCCCCGUGAUCCGGAUUGACCUCCCCAGGAAGAAGUACCCGGCCUGGGACGCCCACUUCAUCGACCGGCGCCUGAGGAAAACCAUCCUGGCGCUGGAGUACGCCUCCCCCACCACCCCCCGCCUGCAGUACCGCACCCCCGGCGCCCCCCACGAGGUGCUGGAGUACGAGACCACCGUGUAAGGGGAUGUGGGGGUGUGGGGGUCGUGGCGGGGGCCUCCGGGCGCCAUCCCGGUGCCAUCCCGGCGCCAUCCCGGUGCCAUCCCGGCCACCCCGCGGCUUCGCAGCCAUUUGCCUUUCUGUUGGGUUUGCCGGUGCCGCCACGCCAAGUGCCCCGCGGGGGGGCCCAGGGAGGUCUCUUGGUGCUAUCCCCCCUCCCACACCACCCGCCCACAGCCAAGA